AUGACUACCAAGCAGAUCCACUGUUUCCGAAAAAAUCCCUUAUUUGUCUGCACUGAAAACUUUGGCCAAGGUUUACUUUCCACUUAUCCACUAGUCGAAAUCAUUCCCGGGCUGUCUGCUACUCACCGGCACCUACCGACCAGAGGGAUACGACAAGGUUCAGCUAUAGCACCCUUUUGGUGCCCAGCUGCCAUGCCACAUGAAGUAGGCACGAGGGCUUGGAUGCUGCCAGGUCGCCCAAGCCUAGACAGGGUAAGUCGAGAGACAGAGGUCGAGUUCGAACCACGGACCUUCUGGUCAAUAAAUUCGCGCUCUAACCAUUUUGCACCUUUUCGGUGCCUAGCUGCCACGCCACCCGAAGAGAGCUCGAGGUCUGAGACGCUGUCGGGUUGCCAAGCUUAUACAGGAGCAGUGGAGAAGCUGAGGUUAGGUUCGAACCACGAACCUUCCCGGCAGCUUGGGCGACCUGGCAAUAUCCCAGCCCUCGUGAUUCCUUCGGGUGGCAUGGCAGCUAGACGCCGAAAGGGUAGUCAAUCAGAAUUAUAUGUUUUCAAUCGGACGAACUACACUGAGAUAGCCUUAACAGAAUGGACGCACGGAACUAGAGAUAUUGGAAACAAGUGGACUGGAACCAAGUGGACGCUGGAACCAAGAGAGGAAAUUCUGCUUCAUGACUUGUUCACGAAUGCUUUUCUCCCUUAA